AUGGCUUCUUCUGCAUUCAAGCGCCUCGUGCGUUUCGUUCCUAAAUCAGCACCCUCAAGCAUCUUGAUCGGAGAGCCAGUCCAAGCUUCUCUUGAUGUCGGUUUGGCAUCCCGUGAAGGCAAAGAAAUUGCGGUCAACGUUUUUUCGGGACGGUCUGUCUUGUCGCCAGGUUCGCGAACAGACCGUACGGAAUCCGUUGAACGACUCUUGUCGCCUUUGGCGCAGGAGGAAGUCGGAACCAUUCGAUGUAUCGGAUUGAACUACGUUCAGCAUGCGAAGGAAGUCAAGAUGGAUAUCCCAACAAUCCCCACGCUGUUCCUUAAGCCCAACACAGCACUUGGCGACCCUUGGCCAGCUCCAACUCUCCUCCCCAAAAUCACUCAAAACGACGGAAGUGGUGACUACGAAUCUGAGCUGGCAGUCGUGAUCGGCAAAGCAGCAAAGAAUGUUUCCGAAGAGAACGCCAUGGACUACGUCCUAGGCUUCACAGCAGCAAAUGACGUCUCGAGCCGAGUCUCUCAACUGAACCAGUCGCAGUGGUGUUUCUCCAAGGGCUUCGAUGGAGCUUGCCCUAUCGGUCCAACUUUGGUGUCGACCUCGGAGAUUCCAGAUGCUUCCAAACUUCAUAUUCGGGGUCUCAAGAAUGGCGAGGUUAUGCAAGAUUGCUCACUGGACGACCUUAUCUUUAGCGUUCCCAAGCUGGUCAGCUUUCUGUCACAAGGAACAACCCUCCCAGCAGGUACUGUCAUUAUUACUGGUACACCAGCCGGCGUCGGUAUGGGCAGAAAGCCCAAAGAAACUCUUUCUCAUGGUGAUGAGUUCAGAGUUGAAAUCCUGCCACAUAUUGGGACGUUGGUUAAUACCUUUGAGAACGAAUAG